AUGGCUUCCAGUGGAGGUGUCAUCUUUGAGAAUUACCUUUACAAGUUGACCGGGGGAAAAGGGAAGUCAUUUUUCAGCAAGUCUAAUCCAUGGAAGCAGCGUUAUGUUAUACUGAAGAGUAAUGGAAACAGACCUGUGUUGGAGUACUACAGUAAAAAACCCAAAAACAAGAAUGCAGCGCCAAAUGAUAAGGUCAGUCUGGCAGGAGGUUUCCGUUUGGAAAAAGUCACCAACACACGUAACCGGGCCUAUGUAUUUGAGCUUACUACAGCUGAAAAAUACCUGUGCCUGUCAGCAGAUGAACAAAGACACAUGGACAUGUUUGUGUUUAUGAUUCAGACACAGAUUACGCUUCGUGAGCAAAUUAAAGAGGACUUUGUUGCUGUUAAAGCAGAAAAUUCUGAAGCUCAGCGAAGAAUCGGAGCCAAGGGAGCUAAUUGUAUAUUGCAUGUAUCACCAUGGGGAGCCACUCUUGCUUUAAUGUCGUGUCGGUCCGUACUUGCUCAGUGGCCAUUGAAGAGUGUACGAUACUUUGAGGCCUCAGGCCAGGGCAGCUUCUUGCUGGAGGCAGGACGUGUGGCUCCGAUGGGUGAUGGCAUAUAUGUAUUUCAAACAGCACCAGGGGAUGACAGCAAACUUUACGACCUCCUGGACCAACAUAUUGUUGAUGCUCUUGGAAAGAUACAUCCAGGGCGACGGGGAACAACAGAGGAAGUGGAGGAUUAUGUUGAAGAGGCUGAAAAGUUGUCUGCUCUUACAUCUGUCUCGCUCAUGACACUUGGAAAUCCAGAAAUACCAAAAAUACUCAAGGACAAUUGGAAUCAUGAUGUUGUAGGGAAUGUUCCUAGAUCUGCACCAAUUGUUCACACUCGCCAGAACAGUCAAGCAUCAAGUACAGGUGGGAAUGACAACAAUCCUCCACCAUUACCCAGAAGAUUAAACACAGAAAAGCGUUCCAAAAGUUCACCACAGAUGUUGAGAAACCAUAGCCAAGGGUCUGUCAGUGUGUCUAGUGUCAAGGGAAGUAACCCUCUGGCUGAUCGUCCACCUCUCCCUCCUCCAGCCAAGAAUAACACUAAACCUAUAGGAAUUCCACGUAACAAUAGUGAGGGAACAUUACUUAAAGAUGAUCAUUAUUUCAGGAUGAAUUCAACUUCCAGUUCUGGGAGCAACAUUCAGUCCCCAAGUGUUCGAAAUGCCGCUGAUGCUUGGUCCCCUCCCCCAUCUUUUUUCGAGGCCACCAGGGGUAGACUCAGUGACUCGGGACCAGGUAACAAUGAAUAUCUGACUCCUAGAGUCGGUACUGAAAUGGAUGGAGGUAAUGGUGUUAUAGAUUACAUUCUUCCUUCUCCUCCUAAUGAAGAUUUCAGUAGUUUGCCACGUCAGAAUACUUACAACAACCAAAGGUCUGUGCAGUGCCGUCGUAGGUCUUCAAGUUCAAGGUUAAAUAGAUUACGAUCUGUCAGCUGUGAAGAUGUACAUGAUGAAUCAAAAAGGUUGUCAAUGAGGAGAAAUACAGAUGUAAAUCAAAAUGUUCAGACUUAUGAUUUAGCAAAACCUAUCAAUCCAUUUCAAAAUCUGCAAGACUUUCAUGGCAGUAUAGAGCUUUUGACAGACAAUCAUCAAUACUACAGUAGGAAAUCCACAGAAACCUACUACAACAUUGAGGGAUUGCGUGGAGAAAUAGAUGAAACUAACAUAAAACCAGUAGCAGAGAUACGGAGACGCUUUAAUGAAACUUGUAGAGACACACUUGUGCGUUCAAUAUCAAAUCCUAACUUCCUUCAUCUUCAGAGUAAAGAUAAACUGAGUGAUGUCCGUGCAAGUGCUAUUAAAUCUGGUACUCUGGAACUUCAGUCUACUUUGAAAUCUCAGAGCAAACAAAAAAGUAAAUCUCUACUAAAUCUCUUCAGAAACAAAGGUGGCCGGCAGAACAGCAAGUCUGAUACAUGGAGCAUGUAUACACCAAGGAGUAUGCCAAGUAGUCCCACAGGCACACUUACACGGCAUGGAAGUAACCCAAACAUCCUCAUUAACAUGAAAGACAUUAAGAUUGUCAGCAGAACAAGGUCUUUCAGAAAACCCAAACCCAAGGAAGGUUUAGAAACAUCGCCACUGGUUCCUAGAAAGUCACCACUGAUUCCAAAUAAAUCCCCAAAGGUGCCUCACAAAUCACCUCAAGUACAACGCACAGACAGAUCAUCACCAAUCUACCAAAAAUCACCAGCAAUGUCCAAAAAGUCGCCACAGGUUCCACAAAGGACACCCAAUGGUGUUACAACUUCUCCAGUAACUGUCCACAAUCGUGGAUAUUAUUCACCGCCAGACGGCAGUGUUAUUCGUCACACUCGUGAAGGAAGUGGUUCAAGUUCAGGAAGCAAUGCCGUUCACCAUGCUCGAACAGGAAGUAGUUCGUCAGGGGGAUAUGUCAGGCACAGCAGUGAAGGAAGUGGAAGUCAACUAAAGAAUUUCUCUCGUCAGUCCUCAUCUUCCUCUGUCAAUAGUAAUAAAGUAGAAACCAUUUGUUAAUGGAACAUAAGGAGUAAUUAUAGACGUGUCUGCAGAUUUGCUUCUUAGCUUUACUUGCAAAUAGAUGACAUUGUAGAAUAUUAAAAUUGGGCUUGUUCUAUCAGCCCAUAAUGUAAUUGUGAUGUCCAGUGUUUUAUACAUUAUCGUUCUCCAAGAUAUGAAAUUGGGCCCAGUAUGAUUGAAAUAUACAGGUAAUUCAUUUCCAUGUGUUUUAUGUUAUGAGUUUAUGUAUAGCAUGACACAAUCUUGUUAAAAUGUAUGAAAAUGUUCUCAAUACUGUAUAAAGUCGUCUUAGGACCAGUGCUUGCCAAGGUAACUUUGCCAUGCAUUCAUGUUACACAGUGUUUUGAAGACAAUUGAGGAUUCUUUUGUAAAGUACGUGGUACAUCAGCAGAUUUUUAUAGUACAUGUUUUGAGUCCUUGGAUAGCAGGGUUACUUUUUAUAUCCUUUACUUUUUGUUUCUUUUUAACAAAGGUAGAGAUGUUUUAGAAAACUGCAUAAUGCCAUCAAUGAUAUGUGUAUAUAGUUAUAGAAAUCAUUAUAUUACGACUCCGAGAUAUACACAGUAUACUUUAUUUUUUUGGUUAUUUUCAUAAGAGAUCUAAUAUAAUGUAGUUGAUACUAUACAUAAACUGCUGAUAACACUAUAAUUAUGCAAUUAAUUUAAGUGUUAGUGAACCAAUGAUUAUCUAGAAAUACUAAUACACUUAAGUACAUGUUCCAUGCAUAACUCAGAAUGUAUCUGUUUUCUUAUCAACUCAUUUCUUGCCCUGGUAUGGACAGAAACUGUAGCAUACAUCAUUUUAUGGAAAAAGUAUGCAAAUAUUUGUAAAUAUUAAAAUGUGCCAAUUUCAUAUGCAUUAACAUUUUCAGACUAUUAAGUGUUUUUGAUUACAUGAAUUAUGAUGACAGUGUUUAUCUUGUGGGUUUUUUUUAUUGUUUUUUUGUCUUGUUGAUGUUGUACAUUACUUGUACAGUGUAGAUAGAUAUGUGCAAUAUACCAUAAACAAGUUAUUAUGUAGUAUAAUGUAAUUGAUUUUGAUAUUCUGGUUUAUCUGACAAACCAAAUUCUAUUUUCUGCUUCCUGGAGCACAUUAGUUGGUAUUCAGGGAUACGCCCUAUAGCAUUUAACUAACAGCUUGCAUUGAGUGCAUGUUUUUAGUUUGUGUAUUUCUUAGAAUGUUCAAUACUGUACUGACCUGUAAAUGUAUGGUCUACAUUUGGGAAAAUAAAGAUUUUAGUUAAAUGAAACAUGUAUAUACAUGUCCAAAAUAAAAUGGUUAAUUUCCAAGUUUUAUUGCACAUCACUAUUGAUGCUGAACUCCUUUUGACUGCAAAUUAAUCUUGCUUUCUGUGGUUGUUAGGAAUACUUGUCAGGAUGAUCAAUACCUGAAGUGAAUUCAUGGCAGUGACCAUCCUGUAAUGAUUUCUGCCAAAAUGUUACUUUGGGGUUAUUGUAUAUUAAACAUAGGGGAAAUUAUAUAUUUUUGUUGAUAGAAAUGAAAUCAGAACUGUUUUGAAAUCAGGUAGCUUGGUACUGGCAGGUAUGUUUAAUUGAUGAAAUAAAUAAUUUAAAAUAAAGUUACCAUAAAUUUGGUUUAUUUCGAUUUAUUUUAAGGCUUUCAGAAUUGAUAAAUUUUGAUCUUUCAUUUGAUGCAUAUUACUGUAUAGCUGACUUGAAUGUAGUACAUAGUUCUGCUUAAAUUCUUAUGAUAAAAUCAUCUUUUGUUGUAAACUCACCAUUUUGGGUUUCCCAACUUUGGUCGUGCCCAAUCCUUUGUGAUUUUGAUUUUGUGAUUAUGUCUUCCCACUUCAUUUACUGUGUGCUCUUAGUUGUAAUAAUUUGCACACAAAUAUAUAUACAUGAAUCUCCCCACUGUUCGCUACUCUAAGACAAGAUUGUAUUUACUAUGUUAUGUAUCAUUUCCACAUUGUAACUUGCUCAAAGUUGUGAUGAUGUAUAUCUUCCCCAUUUUAAACUUUUUUGAGUUUAUACAUGUAACAAAUGUGUGGUAUCGUAGGAUUCUUAAUUACAUUUUUUUUUCUCGCAGUCUUUACUAUUUUGGUUGGACUGAUAUUUCUAAUUCUAAAUGUACCAUCAUCAAAAUUUACACGGAGAUAACCUUAUAAUCUUCAAUUACAUGUAUAGUACAGUUGGUCACUGUGACCUGUAUUUUGUGAUUUGCCAAAUUUGACGAGUCUUUACCAGGCUCACCCUGAACCAAAAUUAUCAGUAGCCAAAAAAUAGCCAAGUGUGAAUUUUAGUAGCCAAUUUCUUCAGAGAGUAGCCUUGGCAUAUUGGCGAAUAAUAAUUUACAGUACAUAACAUGUAAAUAACAUUUUGUAGCGCCAGAAAAUUUGGAGCUGGGAUAUUCAAAUAUAGUAAGAACAUUCACUGCUUGUAAAUCAAAUCUCUCAGAAAGACUUAAUUUAUCGACAGCUGCCGUCCCAUUGUAGUUCAUGGUUUUUGAUGUUGUUUUUUCUUUAGUUUUUCCCCGAAUCAAGGAGUAAGUGGAAGCCUGUACCUUACAGCUGUUAUACAAACAGAUAUUUGAUUUAAAGAACAACAGGUAGCAAGCUUCGAAGGAUGGAAAUUUUAACAAUUUCAAAUACAUAAGAGUAUGGUAAUCUGCUGCAACUAGCUCCCAAGGUGAAGUUUUCAGCUUCUCUUAAUUCAGUCCUUGUCAGAUAAUCCAAGGUUGUUGACAUAUAAUUCAGAAGUCCAGAUACUGUAUUCCAAUGCUCUCCAAGUACUGAAAUUACUGGUAAUGGCUCUUGGUAAUGGAUGUACUUACUAUACAUCCAGUUAUUAUAAUUUGGGAUUCUGGUUACUAUGAUACAGGAUCCUUUUCCCUAUCCAUUCUUGGCCCUUCAGGUUUUGUGUAUAUAUUUAUGUAAUGUCUUGGUAUUGUGAAUCAGUGUAUUUGUAUGUAUAGAUACACUAUGUCAUGUUACACUAUCAGGUUAUAGUUAAAGUGAACAGCUGGCAGUUCAAUUGAUGAAGUUGUGUGUAAUGUAAGAUGUUUAUAUUUCUGUGCUUUGUUGUACCCAAUGCCCUUGUAGAUAUAUUAAUUUACAAACUAAUUUGUUAAUCUGUGAACCAAAAUUGUUACCAUCUAUUGAUACAGGAAUUUUUUAUAAUGUCUAUAAAUGCAUAAGUGAUGAAAUUAUUGUUAGUUUUGAGCUGAAAGUGUUGUUGUUGCUUGAUCGUGGUUGAUUCUGUUUAUAUGUUUACUAUAUAGUUUAUUAUAAGAGUUCAAAAUAUUUUGUGGUUUUUAUGUAUACACAUGUUGUAUGACUGAUUAUAUUAAGACACUAUUUCACUUUUCCAUAACUAACAUUCAGUGUUAAAGCGUAAUACAUGUAUCCAUACAUAUGUUCACAGGCUGUAACAGUACAUAAAAAAUUUAUAAUACUGUAUAAACUCCCUUGCGGUGUUGGGUUCAAUUCGGGUUUUAUUAACUAGACUCUUAACAAUGUUAAAACAUGAUGUACCAGUUUUAAACACUUUUUUUUUUAAAAAAAGGUCCCAGAUUGGAGAAUUUUAUCCAACAUUUUUAGUUGUUGAAAAUGCAUGAAAAAAAUGUAUGUUCUACUCUUACUUUCAUUUAGUGAUCUAUAAAUCCAAAAUAAGACAAAAGUCAAUAGUGACUCAACAUUUUGAUAGAAUUAGAACAGUUUGAUUGAUGUUCAAAUGUUUUAAUGCAUGUAUACAAAGUUGUACCUACAAUGUAUAAAGGUCAAAUCCUGUUGUAUGAAACUUUGUGGUCAAACUGGACACCACAGACAUGAUCAAAGAUAAAAAAAAAAAAAAAGAAACUUGCAUUUAGAAAAUGUUGAUGACUAUUCUGUUUGUCUUUGUGAUAACCAUUAUUUCCAGCAUUGAUAGAUCAUAAAUUACAAUAGUAUACCAGUACUUCAAUCUGGUAAGGGUAGUUUUUGAUACGUCAUCCUGUAUCUAAAAUAAUUGUUUAAAAAUAAAACUCAUUGAGAGUAUUGAUAAUAAUAUUGUUAACUGUAAAUAAAUGGCUUUAUAAUACACUUCCUUUAAUAAGAUUUAACAUUUUUUUGAAUUUUUAAAAUGUGUAUUAUUUUAUAAGAUGUUAAAAGUUGAUGUUAAGUUUGAUGAGUUGUAGACAUCUAAAAUCCAUUCCUUAUUCUAAUGAUGUUCCUUUAUUUGUCAUACUUAUAAAGCUCAAGUGUUACAUAUGGUACAAAUUGUAAUUUAUAGUUUUAGAAUGUUUUACCCGGUAUAAAAACACAGAACUUCAUGUAUUUUGAAAUAAAUAUUUCAACAUAUAUUGCAGCAAUAUAACAAAUAUAUGAUAUAAAAAAAUCAUGUAAUGCCAUAAAACCUUUCCAAGAACACAAACUAAUAAGAUUUUAGGCGACAUGCUGGGUAAGUUAUCUUAACUUCUAGUAAUCAUGACCAAUAUCACGUAGAAACAUAAGUUCUAGACUUCAUACUUAUACAAAGUUCUUAAUGUAUUUUUACCAAUCACUUUCUGUAUUCAUGUAGGUUUGAUUAUACAGUUUGUUUUGUUUGAACAACUUUGUAGUCGUUGAGUUGUAUAUUGUUCUGUGAAAUAGGUCUUUUGUAUACUGUUUUCAUAUGAAUGGUUGCUGUUGUUCAAGUCCAGUGUAUAUAUUGAUACUCAUAAACUAAAUGGUGUUUCUGCUCAGUUGAUAGGUAAGAAUAAAAAACUUGAGAAAUGAUUAUGUAGACAUUUAAACGAAUCCUAGUCUUGCCAAUCUACUGUAGUCAUCGAGUUUUAAAUUGAAGAGUAAUAUACAACAGGGAUAAACUUCCUUUUGUUGCAUUAGUUAUGGUUACAUUUAUCUUCUUUGGAAAAAUGUUUUAUGCAGAUUUUGACAUCUAAAGGAUGGACAAUAAAGAAUUGAAUUUUUCAAAUUAUAACGAUUUUUGUACUGCAAUUGGCAGAGAAAAUGAACAAUCACAUUAUUGAAUCUCAUCGAAUCUCUGAUCACAGUCCGGCUGCUAUCGUAUUAUAUUCAAAUAGUCUCUGUUUUGUCUAUUACCAACACUAUCAAUUAUUCUAGUCCUUUUUCCUCUUUUGUAUGUUAUUUUAAUCUUUAAGAUUGAUAUAUAUUUCUAACAAAACCACUGUUAUAUCUUACUUAUACACGUCUUCCAGUGACUUAAUCCUACUAAAAAUAAAUACUAAAUAUGUUGAUAUGCUUUGAAGAUUAUGCUAAUAAAACUG